UCUUGCCAGCGCAACGCUCCCUCUCCACAACUAAGCAAGCGUUGUUGGUGUACGUCUAUGGUGCGUUUAGUGCACGCUCGUGACUACUCUCCACUCUCCACGUAACGCAAAUGACCGCGUCCACACGAAGAAGACUAGGAACUAGCCAAGCGACUUUCUUCUGUCUUCUACAUUCCGACAUGGAUGUUCAACAACUGUUUAAAAAUCUCAGGAAGGAAGCUGAAUGUCCCCUGUGCUUAGAAACAGUCAACGACCCCAAGACGCUGCCAUGUUUGCAUUCUUUCUGUUUGCACUGCCUCGAUAAACUGGGAACGUUCGCAAGAAGACAACUGCAACCGACGAUCAAAUGUCCGGUUUGUCUGACUCUCUUUCAAAUCCCGGAAGAAGACACGUUCCGUGGUCUUCCCACAUCAUUUCAUCUCAAUCGAUUGGUAGAUAUUCUCGCGCUGAAAGAUGGAAAGACCGAGGGUCAAAGAUGUGAUAGCUGUGAAGAGAACAGCGCGGUUACUUCAUAUUGUUUUAUUUGUCAGAGCUUUCUGUGCACAGCUUGUUUUGAGGCGCAUCAGCGAUUGAAGACUACAAGAGGUCACCGCAAUGUUUUGAUUGAGAAAUUGCAAGUGCAAGACGUCAAAGAGUUAAUUCAGCGACCGGUCAUGUGUACAGAGAAGUAUCAUCAAAACGAAGCACUGGAAUACUUUUGUCAAGAUUGCAAGGUGUGUAUUUGCAUGAAGUGCGGCUUUGUGAAUCACAAUCGUCACACCCUGGUGGAUAUUCAACAAGCGGCAGAAGAACGAAAGAUCCAGAUUACAGAGGUCAUAGACAAAGCAAAGGCCCAAGUCGCCGUCGUUGAAAGGAAAAUGAACCGACAAAUUGACGUGAUGAAGAGAACAACACACGAGUUGGUUACCACUGGAAAUAAAAUCACAGCAAUUGUGGACGAACUAGUGAGAGCUUUGAGGGAACAUGAAACUGCUAUGAAGACCUCGCUAGGUCAUAUUAAUGAAGCUCAACAGAGAGAUCACGCAACGCAACUAGAAAACUUUCAGUUAACCGUCUCCCAACUAAAAGGAUUUGUUGAAUGCGGAAAAGGCGUCUUACAAAGAAACAUCGCCUCUGAAAUCCUUCAAGCACAGCAAAAUGUCAUCAGUCGCUUUGAAGAACUUCUAGGCCCUUCAGAAACAAAGAUUUACAGCCCUUGUCACGUCAGUUAUGUUCCAAAUAAAGAGACGAAACAACUUGUGAAUGUUUUGAAAGUUUCGGGCCCGGGUCAAGUUGUUGCUAGUUUCACUGAUCCGUCGCGAUCGGUCGCAGAAUGGAAAGGCCGUAAAACUAUUUUAAAACCGGGUAACGAAACGAACUUUUCAAUUCUAACGAGAAGCUCAAACGGAAAUCAGUUUUACAAUGAAGAAGACCAAGUGACCGUGAAGAUCCGCUCUCCAACAGGAGAAAUCAAGGACAACAGGGUCACAGAUUUUAAAGACGGAAGUUACAACGUAUGCUACAAGCCAAAAUGUGUUGGCCAACAUAACGUGUCGAUUGAGUUAAACGGAAUACCACUGAAUGGUAGUCCCUGGAGAAUUCAGGUAACUCAGCAGAAGUAUCAACAUGUUUCAAAAGAGUUUAGCGGGCACGGAGAGUUUCGUUUUCCAUGUAGCAUUGCACAAAGUGAAAAGACUGGAAAUAUCGCUGUGGCUGAUUACGAUAACAAGAAAGUUUUGCUGUUUAAUUCCGGUUUGAAAUACCUUAGAACUGUAGUUGACAUGCGUCCAACGCGAAAACCAAGAUCUCUGGCAUUCACAAAGUUCCAUAACAUCAUUGUCGUUGAUGAAGCGUCACACGAGUCAAGUAAAAUUUCUGUAUUUACCGAGAAUGGAAAGCUCAUCAAACAUAUCAGUGAGCACUUGACUAACCCGUGCAGUGUGUCUGUUAUGAGUGAUGGAAACAUACUGGUAUGUGACUCGGGUGACAUAUCAAUCAAGGUCCUCUCCCCUGACGGGACCGAGUUGUUGCGGUCCUUCAGAAUAAGAAACUACGAUGCGUUCCCGUGGUUUGCUGUUUACCAUAAGGGAAAGUAUUUCGUGUCAUAUCGCAUGGCUGAUUGUGUGAAGGUGUUCAAUGAGGAAGGGGAGCCUCUAUAUGACAUCGGACAGUUCAACUGUCCUGCUGGCCUCGCCAUCGACAAGUUUGGCCAGUUGUUCGUGUGCGACUUUGAAGUCCUUGUAAGUCCGAGCAGUGGAGUCCGCAGUAAAGUACUAGUCUUAACAUUGGAUGGAGAAUUGGUUGACUGGUUCCUCGUAAACUUAAACAGUUGUUUUUGUUCCGUUGCUGUUACAUUAAAUGGUAAUGUCCUCGUUUCUGAUGUGAAAAAAGGCUCUAUUCAAGUUUUCCAACAAGCUUCGAAUGCUGAAUAAGAUUUCAGUUGAAUAAAUCGGUGAUGGUCGUACUCAUCUGGAAAGACGGAUAAUGCGUAUCAGACGUAAUCAGACGUCUAACAUUGUGUGUUAAACUGCGGACAUGAGUGUCGAGACUUUUUUUUGCAAAUGGAACGUUUUCUAAGAGAGAUCCGUACUUGCCAUUAAUGCUCUCUUCGUCAAUAGCCACCCCCUAACCCCCAAUCAAUGUUGAAACACUUUUUAUGGACCAUAUAACGUGGCUACAACAUUUCAAAGGGGAGAGAAGACAAAUUACACCUAAAGGGAGGUUUGAUUUCCGUCAUUGUCUGACCCACUUUUGUCCUUGAUUGUACGAGAUGCAUCAGCAAAACUUGUGUGGUGUUGACAAAAAAUGCUUUUGUGAGAUUGCUGGUCACAUAUUUUAAUGAGCUGAGUUGAGCAGACUGUUUUACGAGUCUCGUAUUCAACUAGACGAAUCGAGUCGUGCGUCCAAGAACAUAGGCGUACGGGCAAUUUUUUUCAGGGUGGGGGUGUUGAAUCACUUUCCCAAAAAAAUAACCCUGGUUGACCAAAUUUUUACAAAACAAUCGAGCACAAACAAUUUUUCAAAGGUCAUUGAAUGUUGUCUUUUAGAAACUUUUACUUUUCAACUCACUGAAGCUAUCUCUUAGCAAUUCAUGGCAUUUGGUUAAGAGGAGAAGGGGAAAAAUUGCGUGUUUGUGUCCUAUGAAAUUUCGACACGGUAGCAUGGUAGCACGGUAGCACGGUGCAGAAAAGACGUGAAUGAAAUUUCUGCAAUGCUCAGAGCGGGCUUUGAGAAUGAAGAAAAAUUCCAAAUGCGUACAAAAAUAAAGCUUUUGUCUCGGUGACAAUGUAAGACACAAAAAAAUGGGUAUUACGAAAAUACCGACUCGCACUUCGUUUCAGUGUUGCGUCUCACCUUGUUGUAUAAUAAUUACCAAUAUUGGUAUUCUCUGUUUUAGUGCCACUGUAAUUUCUCGAAUCAAAUUUGAAUGUUUUAAAAACCCUUUACACAAAUUUCUCGU